AUUAAGCGUGGACGAAACCUAAUCAGCCGUUUGAUUCAGCCGAGAAAAGUUGAGAAAAUUCGUGACGAUGGGAGACGAUGAGAAGUGCAGAAAGUUUUGGGAUCGAGUGGGGGAAUCCGAGGGGUUCGAUGUUGAGCAUCUGAUGGAUAAUAAACCAAAAUCGUGUUUGCUCUACUAUGAAAAUUCUGAUUUUGACAGUGAAGUCUUCCUUUAUGCAAAGUUGGGGAUCCAUAAAUACAAUAUGUUACAGGGGACGAAUUUGCAGCUCUGUUGCAUAGAGAAAUGCAAUACACGAAGUAGCACAGUAUAUACCGGUUACUCUAUAACUUUGGUUGCUAAGGACCCAUCUGCUGGCGGUUCCCUUGUAACUUUUCAGACCAAGGUUGUUAAUGAAGACAAUUAUAAAAUCAAUACCCUGACUGUCUCUAUUGCAAGACUUAAGUCCGAACCACCACGAGCAAACCCCGAGCAUCAUGGAUGGCUUUACGAUUGCGCCCAAGUGAGAUUGCCUGAUGAGUGGCCCUCAGAGGAUUCUUUCAAUGAUAAAAAACGAUAUUACGUGAUGAAAAAAUCGGAGCUGCGAAAACAUAACUGGAUCCGUCUAUACAUGGAACUUGCAUUCAUCCAUGCAAAUGAGGAUCUUCCAAAUCCCAAUCUAUCAAAUUUGGUUAUUAUGAAGGUAGCGGUAGAAACUGAGGAAAAUGUGAAGCCGCCAAAUGAGAGACUCAAGGCCAGAAAUGCAGUUUUCUACAUACGGUACAGGUACUACCCUAAUAAGGGACGGGCUCCUAAGGGUAAUAAUGGUCACAAGCCACCCCGUGAUCGCGUUGCUAUAGUAAAAAGAACUAUGGACAUGAACAAGGGGCUCCUUAAACUCAUGUUCGAUAAUCGGUAUGCAAAAACUCUUCUGUAAGGCAGUGACUAGGCGUUAGGCAUCCUAUUAAGCUGGAGUCCUACUCUACUUAUGAAGCUUGUUGUAAUAAUCUACCCCAAUUAUGAAGCUUGUAAUAAUCUACCCCAAUUAUGAAGCUUGUAAUACUUUAUAAGACAUGUUGUAAUUUAUGGUUAUUCUCGUCUCUUCCAAAUAUUUUUACUAAGAAGAGUUCCUGGUUUGGUGUAUGUGGAAUAUCUGAGAAAAUUACGCUGAA